AUGGAGGUUGAGUUAAAUAGGAUUGAAGAAGAAAUGCUGACGGAGGGACUGAAAAUUCCUAAUGAUACACAUGAGGAUGUUAGAGUUGGCGGUGAGGAGGUCUCUAAGGUUGUGAAGAUUGUUGGAACGCCAUUGGGUGAGCCUCUAGAACCUUCGGACUCCGCAAUAUCCUCAGCUACGCAACUUGAUUCAGUUGCAAACAAGAAAAUCAAAGAUCACGUAGCAAUCGCGAAAAAAUUUGAUUUAAUAGACUUCGAAGCGGCAUCAAUUGUUACUGGUACAAGCUGGUAUUACUUGCGAAAUGCCGGGGCGCUAUUAGAGUUGGCAUUGAUACAAUAUGCCAUGCAAAAACUAAUAAACAAAGGUUAUACACCAGUGAUUACUCCGGAUGUGGUCAGGACCGAGUUUAGUAAUGCAUGUGGAUUUCAACCAAGGAAUGAUGAGCUUUCUCAAAAUUAUUUUGUUUCAACGAGUGCGCAUAUUUCGUCUGAAGAUUCUGCGCCUUAUCAACGUGCGUUAUCGGCAACAGCAGAAAUUCCACUUGCGGGAAUUUAUGCAGGCAGAAUAUUGUCUGAAUCACAGUUACCCAUACGAAUGGUGGGAUUUGGAAGGGCAUUUCGGGCAGAGGCGGGAGCACGAGGUCAAGACACGAAAGGGCUUUACCGUGUACACCAGUUUAGUAAAGUUGAGAUAUUUUGUUUGACCAGGCCUGAGGAAAGUGGUGCGAUAUUGGACGAAAUUGUUGAUAUACAAGAGGAGAUAUUUCGUGAAUUGGGAUUGUGUUUCAGGAUUUUGGACAUGCCUACACAUGAACUUGGAGCUAGCGCGUACAGAAAAUACGAUGUUGAGGCUUGGAUGCCCGGACGUGGGAGAUGGGGAGAGAUAUCCUCUGCCUCUAAUUGCACUGACUACCAGUCACGUCGCCUAAACAUCCGAUACAAACCUUCGACUUCUUCAUCGGAAGAACAAAUAAACAAUGAUUUAAAUGAUAUCGCGAGACAAAAGAUUCAACAAACGCCGCACACAGAAUUUGUUCACACACUGAAUGGAACUGCAAUCGCAGUGCCGAGAAUGAUUAUAGCAAUACUCGAAAGUUUCCAAAGGGACGAUGGGAAGGUGAAAAUACCGGAAGUGUUACGAAACUGGAUGGGUGGGAUGGAAACUAUAGGAUGA